CGACUUCCACCACUCAGUGACUUGAUACUUUUCUAUUACGGAUAUCCGAAGCAUCGGUUAAUCAUUGAAGCUGCAUAUAUUGUAAUACGAAUUGAGCAUGGUGAAUGGGUUAGUGAUCAUGAAAGAUGGUCAAUCAGAUCGAAAUUAGGUGUUGAAAUUUGCAGGAUUUUUCCACCUGGUUCAUUAGAUUAUCUCAGUUGGCAGGCAUUGGUUGACUUAUGGAGGAGAAUUCCUGAUUGUGUUGAUCCACCUUAUUUAUCACCUUCGACUAAUAUAAUGCGAACUGCUGUCGUUUGA